UAAUUUUCCACUCCAAUAAACAAUUAAAAAAAGAAUAAAAAAGAGAGUAACUCUUUAAUAAAUCUGAAAUCCCUAAGCUCAAGACGAGUUUUCAUUUCUCGAGCAAUUUCACUCUUCCGAGAACAACCCUAGAUUCCGAUGAUGAGGGGUCUCGUUUCCGGCGCCAAGAUGCUAUCAUCAACCCCAUCGUCGAUGGCGACAAGCAUCGCCACUGGUAGAAGAAGCUACAGUCUGAUUCCGAUGGUUAUUGAGCACUCAUCGCGAGGAGAGAGAGCUUACGACAUCUUCUCUCGUUUGCUCAAGGAGCGUAUUAUCUGCAUCAACGGUCCCAUUAAUGACGACACAUCUCACGUCGUCGUCGCUCAGCUUCUUUACCUCGAGUCUGAGAAUCCUUCGAAGCCGAUCCAUAUGUAUCUCAAUUCCCCUGGCGGCCAUGUCACCGCCGGUCUUGCAAUUUAUGAUACUAUGCAGUACAUUCGUUCUCCUAUUAGCACAAUUUGUUUGGGUCAGGCUGCAUCAAUGGCUUCUCUUCUGUUGGCAGCGGGUGCCAAGGGGCAAAGGCGGUCACUUCCAAAUGCAACUGUUAUGAUUCAUCAGCCUUCAGGAGGAUAUAGUGGACAGGCUAAAGAUAUAACGAUUCAUACAAAACAGAUUGUUCGUGUGUGGGAUGCGUUAAAUGAAUUGUAUGUCAAACACACGGGUCAACCUCUUGACGUGGUUGCGAAUAACAUGGAUAGGGAUCAUUUCAUGACUCCUGAAGAGGCUAAGGCGUUUGGAAUAAUCGAUGAAGUGAUUGAUGAAAGACCGUUGGAGUUGGUGAAAGAUGCAGUUGGAAAUGAAAGCAAAGAUAAGAGUUCAAGUUAGGAAGUAACUGGUAAUCAAAGUAAUAAAUUUUCUUCUUUUCCUCUUACCAGUUUUGCUUUGAUCCUGUUAGAUUACUUUUUUCUAUGGAUGAAGUUAUGCUCUGAGGGCAUGAUCUCUCAAACUGUUUUUAUUCAUUCAUAAAUCAAUCAUGACUAUAUUUCUGAAAUCUUUUCCUCGCAUGUUUAGUGUUUACAGUCUCAUAUCUGAUUCAGUAAAAUGAAUAUUGGAUUAACGCUUGGCUUUGGGUCUUAAUUUUAUGUGCAGUUUGAUGCAUUGCAAAUCUUUGAUUUAUGCAUCAUUUUAUACUAACUAGAAAGUCUAAAAUGAUGAGAUUAUUGUCUAGUUUCAGAAACCCCAGUUCUAGUUGGUUAGUUUAUGUUAGAAGAUGGGGUUUGCUGUUUCCUUAUGCUCUUGAUCGAUGUUCUUCGGUUUCAUGUUUUUGCUUACCUCAUCAAGUCAAAGCCACAUCUAUUCUGAUUUGCCUCUUUUUAUAUAGAAGAAGUUAGAACACAUCAUAUUCUUGUGUUAACACUGGUCUUUGAUUAUGCUCUUUGAAUUAGGGACAGAAUCUUAAGAUCUUUAUGAAAAUUCUUGUACGGUGUUGUCUUGUCGUGUUGAGCUGAGCCUUCAAUUGCUAGUGUUUGCUUCUGUUACUCUGAAUUAUAUUUGGACAAUCUCACUCUAAUAAAAGUUUUUUAAAUACUAGCAGAAUUGUUAAUUU